GCGUCCAGCCCCCACCACGCCGCCUGGGCUGACGAACCAAUAGGGGCGCUAGUUGUAGUUUAAACGCCGAGCGUGGCGCGACCGCGGGCGGCUGAGUCUCGGGUGAAUUUGGCUGUUGAGAUCGAGAGUAAUCCAGAAUGGCUACUCUGAUUUUUGUUGAUAAGGAAAAUGGAGAAGUAGGCACUCGUGUUGCUCCCAAGGAUGGACUGAAGCUGGGAUCUGGGUCUUUCAAAGCCUUAGAUGGGAAAUCUCAGGUUUCAACACCACAUAUUGGUAAAAUAUUUGAUGCGCCAUCUGCCCUACCUAAACCUGCCAGAAAGGCUUUGGGAACUGUCAACAGAGCUACAGAAAAGUCAGGAAAGACUAAUGGACCCCUCAAACAAAAGCAGCCAAUCUUCUCUGCCAAGAAGAUGACUGAGAAGACUGGUAAAGCAAAAAGCUCAGUUCCUGCUUUGGAUGACGCCUAUCCAGAAAUAGAAAAAUUCUUUCCCUUCAAUCCUCUAGAUUUUGAGAGUUUUGAUCUGCCUGAAGAGCACCAGAUUGCACACCUGCCCUUGAAUGGAGUGCCACUCAUGAUCCUUGAUGAGGAGAGGGAACUCGAAAAGCUCUUAGACAUGGGUCCCCCCUCACCUGUGAAGAUGCCUUCUCUGACAUGGGAGUCUGAUUUGUUGCAGUCUCCUUCAAGCAUUCUGUCGACCCUGGAUGUUGAAUUGCCACCUGCUUGCUAUGACUUAGAUGUUUAAGCUUCUAGUGCUUUAUAGUUUCCAUGUAUUUUUUUUUUAUUAUUAUUAAUAAAGCUGUUCUUUAUUUAAGACUUUUCCUAAUAUUGUG